GAGUUGUCGUAUCGCUCCAGUCUUUGGUCAAAAACUCCACCCUGGAGCAGCAACAUGUCGCUCUAUGACUCGACGGUCCAUGCAGCUUCGAUCGCGACGUUUAUGCCGACCUUUGCAAAUCGAACCACCGCCUUCUCCAUGUGCGCCACAUUGAACUGUGCUGAGCCGGUACCCUUCAUUGAUGCCCCGAUGGUGUUCCACUACGAGGAUGUCGCCAAAGCACAAGCCGACCCAAAUCAGCCACGGAUCUACGCUAUGCUGGGAACGCCAGCAGCGGAGGACUGCCACCUUCCGACGCUUCCGUUGUUCUACUCGUCGGGCUCGCCCGAGCACACGCAGUGGCGAACUCUUCUCGACGAGGCUGGUUUCCAGGACAUGCACAAGCAAGAUCUCCCCUCCGCCGCCUCCCUCUUGGAGACAGCAUGGACAGAGAAGAUUCGGAAGCUGAUCGGCGCCCGCAGAUUUCUCCCACCCCCGACGGAGCUGGAAGUCGGCAAGAUUGUGCUGCCGCUUGUGUUCGAGGGCAUUUGGAGAAAGACGAUGUCUUCCUCGGAGGUGCUCCGGGUUCUGCCUUACCUGGAGUUCGGAAAGAUGUGCAUCAUGGGCAAGCGGGGACAGAAAUCGGGCAUCGUGCAGACUUGGGUGGUGAAAUCUUCACAGGAGGCGGCGAUGGCCUUUGCGCGGGGUUCGCCCACGGCGGAGAAAUUGAUGAAGCUGAUCGAGAAGCCGCAGUUCUCUGCUCUCAAGAAGAUUCUGGCAGCUCAAGCCGGCUCUUUGGAAGACGUGAUGCUCCGUUCGGUGAUUGAUGCCUCGCUCUUCGCUGGCCUCCUGGGGACGACUGAUAUGGCAACCAAGUGUGUGCAAUCUCAGUUCAAGGACUAUCAGCACGUAAUGAUGUUCCGCAAGAAUACGGGAGCAUACUUGCAUGAGCUGAUGCGGACGGAUGGGGCAGUGCAGCAGUUCACGACGACAGUCGGGAAGGCAGACACAUGGAUGCUCGAGGGGCACAAGGUACCUUUCCCCGCAGAUCAGCCAGUCACCAUGGUGAUAUCGACUGCCAACCGGGACCCCAAGGUGUUCUCUGACCCAGAUGCCUUCGAUCCAGAGCGCGAGAACAUCGGAGAGAUGCUGACCUGGAAUGGCAAGCUUAAGCAUGUCAUGGCCAGAAACUACAGCGGUGCUCCUCGCUUCUGUCCUGGCUACCAUCUCUCCAUGAAGGUUGCUACUGAUGUUUGCACGGCUAUGACUCAGGACCUGAAUCCAUGGGGCUCAGAGCAACAAGAGAAGGGACACAUCCGAGGGCUUGUGAAGAUCAAGACAAUCGGCUGGCAUGGUAAGAUUGGCGCUGUGGCCUACUACGACGUCAAAAAGGAGAAGCACUGCCUCACAGAGAGGUACCAUCACGACCGGUACAUCGGCUGCUUCAGGGAAGAUGAGCUCGAAGUCCAAACAGACAGCGAGGGUGCGCGACCGAAGACUUUAGAGGAAGAGUACAACAUGUGCCCAAAGAUCGUCCCAGCUGCGAUGCAGAUGAUGCUUCGAGUGAUCGCCAGCCAAGUCGAGACGCAAUCCACAGUGGGUUGGAUGAUCGGCCGUCUCCUAGGCAAGGUGUCGAGCGCGGAAGAUUUCAAUCCAGAGUGGGCCGAUGACUUCACGAUGGGUCUCUAUGCUGGCAUCAAUCUGAUAGCAAUGCCCAUGUACUCCUCACGCCAUGCCGACUCCGUCUUCGUUCCAAAGCGUCAAGGCUACUCGGAGGUCUUUCGGGUUGGAAAUGUCAUCUCCCCGGACGUGGACAUCGACAACCCGCACUUCGUGCCUGUCGAAUGGUAUAUUCCACAGCCUUUGCUGGACUUUGGGAUGCUUCCUGGAAUGACAUGCUUCCACG